GCCCUUAAGUAUAGGGGGUCUUCUUGAAGUUAAUCAUUUUUCUUUUGAUAGGAAACAAAACUUUUAUUAGUAUUAGUAAAGUAGUAACCAAGGAAGGGGUCUAUUUACUAACCCACCCCCAACGCUAGUUGAUGGCCUUUCAAACAACAUAGGCAUUAAGUUUAUGGGUAUAUUUUCUUUGUCUUCUUCUUUGAUAAGUGAUUUACGGUUCCAUUUCUCUAAGCAGGGAGGUGUGGGUUUGAGGUUGAGAGUGUUUGAUCGGAUUAUGUGCUUUGCAAACUGUCACUUGGCUGCACAUUUGGAAGCAGUCAAUCGCCGCAAUGCUGAUUUUGAUCAUAUUUUUCGAACAAUGACCUUCAGCCGAUCUUCUAACCUACUUAACAAUGCUGCUGCUGGUGUCUCAAGUGCCGCUCAGACGCUUCGUGGUACAAAUGCUGCAGGAAUCAGUCCUGCAGAGGGAAAGCCUGAUUUGGCUGAAGCCGAUAUGGUCGUUUUUUGUGGUGAUUUUAAUUAUCGGCUUUUUGGAAUAUCUUAUGAUGAAGCGAGGGACUUUGUCUCCCAAAGAUGCUUUGAUUGGCUUCGAGAAAAGGAUCAGCUGAGAGCCGAAAUGAAAGCUGGUAAAGUUUUCCAAGGAAUGCGCGAGGCACUUAUCAGAUUUCCUCCAACUUACAAAUUUGAAAGAGGAAAACCAGGUUUAGGAGGAUAUGAUUCUGGGGAGAAGAAGCGCAUUCCUGCCUGGUGUGAUAGAAUACUAUAUAGAGACAAUCGGUCGGCUCCAACGUCCGAGUGCAGUUUAGAGUGCCCGGUGGUCACAUCCAUUUUACAGUAUGAGGCUUGCAUGGAUGUCACAGAAAGUGACCACAAACCUGUCCGUUGCAAAUUCCAUGUUGAAAUUGCCCACGUUGAUAGAUCAGUGAGGAGACAAGAGUUUGGGAAAAUUUUUCUGUCCAAUGAUAAAAUCAGGGGGUUGCGUGAAGAGCUACAUUAUGUUCCAGAAACAGCUAUUAGUACCAACAAUAUAGUCCUUCAAAACCAAGACACAUGCAGCCUAAGAAUAACCAACAAAAAUGGGAAUGACAAAGUCAUAUUUCAAAUUGUUUGUGAAGGUCAGUCCACCAUCAAUGAGGAUGAGCAAGCACGGGAUUACCGUCCGAGAGGUGCCUUUGGAUUUCCCCGUUGGAUUGAGGUCACACCGGCUGCUGGCAUAAUCAAACCUGAUCAAGUUGCAGAAGUCUUAGUACAUCAUGAGGAUUUUCGUACCUUGGAAGAGUUUGUGGAUGGGAUUCCACAAAGCUGGUGGUCUGAAGACACCCGAGACAAGGAAGUGGUUUUGUUAGUUAAUGUAAGAGGCAGCUGUUCAACUCAGACAAGAACUCAUCGAGUUCAUGUGCGUCACUGCUUUGCCACUAAGACGGUCCGAAUUGACUCUAAAAGUAGUAGUUCCCGAAAACACCAAGGAAGUUCCCAUCAACGGCCUGCGCUUCGACACAUGGGCAGUGCCUCUGAUAUGGCUGAUGACCAUCGAGAUUUACAUGGUCUUUGA